CAUUUCACUGCCCAUCAGUGCCACAUCAAUGCCACAUAUCAGUGCCCAUCUGAGCUGCCUUUCAGUGUCACCCAUCAGUGCCGCCUAUCAGUUGCCCAUCAGUGCCACCUAUCAGUGUCCAUCAGUGCAGCCUAUCAUGCCCAUCACUGCAGCCUCAUUAACGCACAUCAGUGAAGGAGAAAAAUCACUUAUUUACAAAAUUUUAUAACA